AUGUCUACAGCAAAGGCAAAGCCUAAAACCGGUGCCUCGAGUAUUUCUAAGGUUAAACCAACACACACAUCCACAACUUCAAAGCCAAGUAGCGUAGGAGCUUCGUCAUCAAAGUCGCAUCCACAUGAAAGUAUCAAAUCAAAAAAGUUGACAGAUACCGCUGUACCUGCUGCCAAAGAUUCUGCCAGCAAUUCGUCGGCAGUCACAAAAUCAAGCAACUUUUAUUAUAAUUGUCGAAACAACGAUAUCGAUGAAGCUAAUAGAUUACUACACACGCUUACACUCAAAGAGAUUAAUCAAAUUGAACCAAAUGGAUCCACGGCUCUACAUGCCGCUGCCUACUACGGAAAUUACGAAAUAGUUAAGAUGCUUUUAGCAAAAGGUGCACAACGCACGAUAAAAAAUAUUCAUGGUUGUAUACCUUACGAAGAAGCAAAAACCAAAGAUAUCAAAAAAUUAUUUAAACGCCAGGAUAGAGCUGGAACUGAAUCAAAAAGUCGAUUCGCAGCUGAAAAGGGUCCAUCAUUUGAAUGGAUCUUCGUCGAAAGUGAUCCUUCGAGCUAUGCUUCCUUCAAUCGUAAAAGUUUAUGGAAGUGCCAAACCGACGAAGAAUUUGAUCGCUUAUGCCGUGGCAUUCGGCAGUACUAUAUCAACGAGAACGGUCCAUUGACUGAUGUAAAACAUAUUGAAGAAGUUCGUCUAUUCAUUGAUGAAGCAAUUGAACACAAGGAUCCCACACAGGUUGUUCGUGCUUAUACAGCAGAGACUGGUUUUUAUCGUCGAGUUAACAUGGAUCUGUCUCAGAUGCCUACGCAUUGGUCUGGAACCAAACAUGAGCGAAAUCUUGCAUCAAUCAUGAUGUUUCAUCCUGUGUUUCAAAGUUUCGGAUUUACAGGCGAAACAUAUCGUGGAAUGUCAAUGUCAUUACAAGAUUUGAAACAAUAUGCUGUUAAUUCUGUGUUUAUGAACAAGACAUUUCUAAGUACAUCGAAACAACGAAAAGAAGCUGAAUCAUUCGCAGUAUCUGAUAAUUCAUCUACAGUAUCUUUAGUGGUCUGUAAAUAUUUGAUCAAGCGCAUUGGUACAGCUUUAGCAAUUGAAAAUAUUUCAGAAUAUCCAUGGGAACAAGAAGUUUUAAUACUACCGUAUGCUUCAUUCAGAGUGAAACGACUUGAAAAAUCAACUGGAAAUGCAGGCCCUAUUACAGAAAUUGACAUAGAAGAGGAAGAGGAUGAAGAAGAAGAAGAAGAAGGAAAAGAGACGGAUCAGGUGACAAGAACAACAAAGAAAUCGUAUAAGAAAUCAUACACGCAUACUUCGGUCGAAAAAACGACAGUCGGAAAGAAAGAUCAUAGUCAUGAUGUCUACAAAAAAAUGUUCAACGAUUCCCAAGAAAAAGGUAAAAUCGAUCCAACUGAUUUAGCUAAAUGGAAGCAAGAAAGUUUCGGCAUUGACCCUGCAAACGAUAGUUAUGCGAAAAUAUGGAGUGAUGCGAAGAAAGGUAAAUUUAGUAAGAGUGACCUGGCAAAAUGGAAAAAAGAAAGUGGUUUAGUUACAAAAGGCGAUGAUUAUGAAGAUUCCGAUUUGGAAAGUUAUGAUGGAGAAAAUGAUCCGACUAUUUUUACGGCAUCUAAUGAACAGAGUUAUGCUACAUCGAAAACUUACACUUCGAAACAGCCACUUGAUAUGAAAAAAUUCAUGGACGAGUUUGGAAAUGAUAGCGAUGAUUAA